UGCGGAGUGAUCUGAUACGGACUACACCCAGCCGCUGCCUCACUGCCCUGGCUUUCUUUGCUGCCCCAGCCUUGACGUUGGUUAACGUCGAAGUGCGGGUUAGAUUGGAGACUCUACAUUUGUCUGUAGGUUUUCUUCCAAUUUGGCUGUAUCCUGUUUGGCAACCGUACGUCCAAAGCUGUAGGGAUUUUUAUAACGUUAUAGCAUCAAUUUCUUGAAUAUGUCUUGGCAAAGCUAUGUGGAGAACCUGAUGGCCGAUGGCAGCUGUCAGGAUAGCGCCAUUGUUGGGUAUACGGACGCCAAAUAUGUUUGGGCAGCACAUGCCGGUGGUACUUUCAACAAUAUCACGUCUCAAGAAAUUGAUGUCCUUAUCGGUAAGGACAGAGAGACCUUUUACACCAGCGGUCUCACUCUGGGCUCAAAGAAGUGUUCAGUCCUCAGGGACAGCCUCCAUGAUGAUGGGGACUGGACAAUGGACAUCAGGACAAAGAGCCAAGGCGGAGAACCCACAUACAAUGUCACUGUGGGAAGAGCUGGAAAAGUUUUGGUUCUUGUAAUGGGCAAAGAAGGGGUCCAUGGAGGCGGAUUGAAUAAGAAGGCUUACUCAAUGGCAAAAUACUUGAGGGAUUCAGGGUUUUAAUGUUUUCAAGCUCACUUAGAUAAAAUUGAGGGACAAAAAGAAGAGAAAAGAAAUAUUGCUGUUUAAGAUUUCUCCUGCAAGCAGUCACAUGUCUCGGAAACUUUUAAUAGCAAUGAAGAGUGGUAAGAUACUGUGUCACCUUUGUUCCCCCCCCUUCAUCCUGUAUGGGGUGGGGAGACUCUUCAGUUUUGUUCAUUUCUCUUUUUUUCCUUGUGCUCCAGUAUUGGUUUUAGUCAUGGGAAAGGAGGCGAUCCAUGGUGGAACUCUUAACAAGAAAGCACAUGCAAUGGCUGAGUACCUGAGGAGGUCUGGAUAUUAAGCAGCCUCCACCCAUCCAUCAACUUAGCGGCUCACACCCACCCUCCACAGUUGUGUUAACACUACUUCCAGGAUUAAAUGGCAUACAAUGUUACUUCCUCUCCAGUUUACUUUUAUAAACAGUCUUUGGUUUGCUUAACUCCUACCACUCCACACUCCUUUUUUAUUAUUUUUUUUUUUUAAUAUAUUUUCUUCACUCCUUCCCUACUUUAACAUUGUACUUCAUGUUUUUGGCACUACAGUACUGGCAUGUUCAUUCAGACAUUUAUUAACCAAAAGUGUGCAAAAAAUGAUUGCAAAUGUAAUAAAAGUGUAAAACAAAUUUGGACUUGCCUUGUAUAACAUUCACUCAGCAACUGCCUAAUAUUCCAAGGGGAAGUACACAUUUGAUGGUGAGUUUUGCUUUGUGAGCAUUACUAAAAGAUGCCAGUGGUAUUUAUUUUUUUCUUUUCAUCAGCAUGUGGGCAUUUAAAAGUUGCAUGCAUACCCUCCUUUACAGAUCCAAGCUCUAUCCCUACAUAAUAUUCCAGCCAAAACCAUCUUCACUCUGCCUCCAUUAUAGAAAAGACAAAUUUUCUCUGACAAACCCCUAAAUGUGUGUACCAAAUCACCACCCUCAAUUACAACGUCCUUUACCCUCCAUCAUACGCUUUUGCUGUUGUACCUGAAUGUGUUCUUAAAAGUUAAUGAUGUGGUGUUGGGCUGUUUUGAGUGUAGUGUAAGGUCAGCAUUGCUGAUGUCUCAAGAUAUUGUCAUGACAUUUCACCUCUGUGACCGCUCCAACAUUUGUCAGUCAGCUUCUCAGUUUUGUAAAUUUUUCUGAAAAUCACUACACACAUGCUAUGUGAAGUUUUUUUUUUUUUUUUUUUUUUUUUUUUUUUUUCCUUCCUCCUUCCCUUUUGGACCAAUUGUCAGUAUAAGGAUUAUCAGAAUUACUUAAACCAAUCCUGAUGGGUAAUUAUUGGGUGAUGAUUAGUAUCACUUGACUGUAAAUCAUUAAGACAACUUCAGAUGACUGUAAAACAUUUAACUGCUUCCUUAGACUUCAUCAAUACUUAAACUUGUCAUCACUAAUUGAUUUGUUGCUAACUUUGUGUCCAUUAACCAAUGAAACUGCAAUGUCAUUUUACUACAGUAUGAAUGCAUUUUGACUGUAAACCGAGGGCUUCAACACCUUGGAAUUAUUUGCCUUGUGCUUUAGUCAUCAAAGGUGUAUUCACAAAUUGUCAUAGUAUGGUACUUAGACGUAUAUUUAAAAGGAAAACAUGAUGCUGUGUACACUAAACAUAUUGAAAAUGGUGUUGGUUGGAAUAAGAACAUUUGUAAGUUGUCUUGUGAAAUUUCUGAGAAUAACUGUAUUCUGUGCCAUAAAAUCGAUCUGAUCUGUUGCAACUGAGUUGGAUUUUUAACUGCUGCCCCAGCAAGAAGUAACUUUUAAUGGCACUUUCCUAAGGGAUAUUUUGGCAUCAGUAAUCUCCAGACUUUGUGGAAUAUGUACAGAAUUAAAUGACAGAAAAAGAUGUUUGCAAUAUUUUUUUUUCUUUUUUUUUUUUUUUGUUGGAAAUUCCUUCUGCCACAAAAUCUGCUAUUUCAAAUGCCAUGAAUUGAUGAGACAUCUUGUUUACAGACAGAUCCAAUAAAAGUUAUUCCAACCAGAAGUCAA